AGCUGCGUUGACAACAACAAUUAAGAAGAUAUUGAUAUCCCCCGAGGUGCAGGAAGCGAGCCGUAGCCAUCCCCCCUCUCCCCACCCACAUAUGCGUUGACACAUGCACGCAAUGACCACGGCAAAGGAGUAUGCGCUUUGCUUUCUCACGCGCGGUGACGACGUGCUCCUGCUGAACCGACUGAAAUCGCCGUUUAUGGGCAGCUGGAACGGCGUGGGCGGAAAGCGCGACAGCCAGGAGACGCCGUUGGAGUGCGCACAUCGUGAGGUGGAGGAGACCGAGUUUGCACCGCAGAGCUACACCGUGCGCUCUUCGGGUCGCAUGCAAUGGACGGAGCAGGGACGUCUGCUUGGGGUGCUGCAUCUCUAUCUCAUGGAGCUGCACGCGGCGCCGGCGCUGGCGAGGUACCCGGAAAGCACGCGAGAGGGAAUUUUGGCGUUCCGUCCGCUGCGGUGGGUGCUGGACCGCGCGAACACCGGCGGUUUCUGA